CGGCCAGCGUGGAUUUUUCAAGAGCCGCGACCUGCAAGCAAAUCAGUACGCGGUCUUUUUCAUUGGAUAGUCAUCCUCACCUCUGUAUUCGAUAGAAUUCGGGUGCUUUUCAGUGUCCAUCAUGACAGACAAUGUAGCUGCCUUGCGCCAUCGGACAAGUGGCAAAUCGCGCAAUAACCCGGUCCAAGAGAAAAAACAAGACGUCAGUGCCUUGGCAGAACAACGAUCGGGACGAUCAUCGCGACUCUUUGUUUUUACUGUAUGCUUGGUCUUUCGAUUGAUCAAUGCAGCGCUGACAAGAACCUACGAUAACCCGGACGAGUACUGGCAGGCCCAAGAGGUGGCCCAUCGCAUGGUCUUUGGAUAUGGUUAUGUCACGUGGGAAUGGCGAGAGAAAAUACGCAGCUAUGCCCACCCACUGGUGUUUGCAGCCAUUUACAAGCUUGUGGCAAUGCUAGGUUUAGAUGACACAAAUUUAUUGAUCCUCGCUCCUCGCUAUUUUCAAGCUUGUCUCGCUGCGGUAGCCGAUUAUGCGACCUAUGCUUUAGCCAAAAGAACCAUUGAAAACAAUAUUGCCCCUUAUAUUUUAUUUGCCACGCUUUGUUCGUGGUUCAACUUUUUCAUGGCGGCGAGAACGCUAUCCAAUGCCAUGGAAACCGUAUUCACUGUCUUGGCGUUAAAUUACUGGCCUUUCCCUGGCCUGGUAGAUAUCUCCCUCGAUCGACGGUGGCAAAGACACUAUCGAAUCGCACUUGGUUUGGCCUCCGUGGCAUGUAUUCUACGACCCACCAACGUAUUGAUAUGGGUGUUUCUCGGCUUACAAUUGCUGAUCAAUAGUCCACAAAAGCGAUGGGCGAUUCUAUUUCAGACCGCCAUGAUUGGUAUCGUGUCAUUAGUUUGCGUGAUUCUUUUAGAUACCCGAAUUUAUAAUGGGCACUGGAGAGCGAUUUUAAGUGACCCCGUGGUGGCUCCCCUUCGUUUCUUUCAGGUCAAUGUGGUAGCGUCGAUUUCCUUGUUUUACGGUACCCAUCCGUGGCAUUGGUAUUUCAGUCAAGGUGUUCCCGUGAUGGCGACGACUUUUCUUCCUGUCAUGAUGUAUGGCUAUUACAAGUUGACCCAGUCCGAGCAUCGGAGGCAAGCCAAGCUGUAUGGGCAGCUGGUGGCAUGGAUUUUACUAGUGUACAGCCUGUUGUCUCAUAAGGAAUUCCGCUUUGUUUUCCCGAUUCUCCCCUUGCUCUUGAUUUUUGCCGCGUACGGGUUGUCCCAAUUGCAAGGUUACAAAAAGUCAAUUAUUUUCGGUUUGAUAUUCACCCAGUUCCCGAUGGGAAUCUAUCUCAAUUUAUGGCACCAGCGCGGGGUAAUGGAUGUGAUGGUUUGGAUCAAGCAACAGCAACCGCCCUUAGUAGGCGUGCUUAUGCCGUGUCAUUCCACGCCAUGGCAGUCCAUUGUACACAAUCCCAAGGUCGAUAUGUGGUUUUUAACGUGUGAGCCGCCUCUCACACAUGAUCCAAACUAUGUGGAUGAAGCUGACCAGUUCUAUGCGAAUCCGGCCCGUUUCCUUAGCCAGCUUACGCGGCCGUGGCCUACGCAUUUGGUGGUGUUUGAGAACUUGCUGCAUGAUCCGGAAGUGAAACAAAUACUGGAUGACGGUCAUUAUCACAUCUGUCAACGUUUCUUCAAUACCCAUUUUCACGAUGAUAAACGACGCCGAGGUGAUGUGAUGGUACUUUGUGGAGGGGCGUAGAUCAGGCGACUUUUUUUUUUCAUGUGAUGCAAAAUUGUGAAUACAAUAAAGCAAAAAAAAAAAAAGAG